CUCGAAUCAGUUGGAGGAGAGUGCAAAAAAAAAAAAAAAAGGCAACUAUAUUUGGUAUGAACCACAACGGAGAGAGUGUAAUGACACCAAUUAGCUGUGGCAAUGGAAAGCUAAGACAGUGGCUGAUCGACCAGAUUGACAGCGGCAAGUAUCCUGGUUUAGUAUGGGAGAAUGAAGAUCGGACCAUCUUUCGCAUUCCAUGGAAACAUGCAGGGAAACAAGAUUACAACAGGGAAGAAGAUGCAGCCCUCUUUAAGGCCUGGGCGCUUUUUAAAGGUAAAUUCAGAGAGGGCCUUGACAAACCUGAUCCUCCCACAUGGAAGACAAGAUUACGCUGUGCCUUAAACAAGAGUAACGACUUUGAAGAAUUAGUAGAGAGAAGUCAACUUGAUAUAUCAGACCCAUAUAAGGUGUACAAAAUUAUUCCGGAAGGAUCAAAGAAAGGAAUAAAACAGCUUGGAUCAGAAGAUAAUCAGCUAAUCGUGAACCAUGCAUUUGCUGUACCUCAAGCCUAUAGUUCUCUACAGCCACACACUCAGGUACCACAUUUCAUGAUGUCCCAUGAACGUACCUGGAGAGACUAUGAGCAACCACAUCCUGAUCUCCCCUACCAGUGUGCCGGUGUCCCCUAUACAGCACGUAGUCAUCUAUGGCAAAACACGCCCUGUGAUAACAGUUAUCAAGUGACUGGCUCUUUUUAUGCUUGUCCACCAUCAGAAUCUCAAACUGCUGGACUACCAAUAGAACCAAGCUUAAGAUCCGGAGAAGCCAUCGCUUUAUCAGACUGCCGGCUCCAUAUCAGUUUAUAUUACCGAGAUACUCUGGUUGGGGAGAGAACAACAUCUAGUCCAGAAGGAUGUAAGAUUUCACAUGGACAAUGCUUAGAAAUAAGUCGCAUGGACCAAAUCUUGUUUCCUUACCCUGAAGAUAAUAGUCUGCGGAAAAACAUUGAGAAGCUGCUGAGUCACUUGGAGAAAGGCGUAAUUCUAUGGAUGGCCCAUGAUGGAAUAUAUGCCAAGAGACUGUGCCAGAGCAGAAUUUACUGGGAAGGACCUUUGUCCAUCUACAGCGAUCGCCCCAAUAAACUAGAACGAGAUGUGCCCUGCAAGUUAUUUGAUACUCAGCAGUUUUUAACAGAAUUACAGGCAUUUGCUCACCAUGGACGUCCAGCUCCAAGAUUUCAGAUCGUUUUGUGCUUUGGGGAAGAAUUUCCAGACCCGCAGAGAGGACGGAAGCUAAUUACAGCUCAUGUUGAGCCUGUAUUUGCAAGACAGCUAAUUGGCUUUGCAGAACAAAAUGGAGGACAUUUUAUGAGAGGCUAUGAAUAUUCCGAUCUUAUUAGCAGUUCAGAAGAUUAUCAUCGACCAAUUCGCCAUGUCCCACUUCAGGAAUAAAUUGUCAAGCUAGAACCUGUAGGUUACUUUGUAUUAAACUCAUUAACGCAUCAGUUGAUAAAAGUACUGGUGCCAAUUUCUACUGUUGCGGAACUAUGUACAGUUGUUGAACUACCGCAGUUCAUAUUUGACUGACAAAAGAAAAACAAAGACUUUGGGGGUCAUUUAUUAAGCUGAAAUACACCUAAAUUAGGCGUGUCUCAGGGACUUUGCCCUGCUCAUGCCAGGUCUAAAAUAGUUGGUGUGGCAUGGGCGUAGAAAAUGGUCUAAAUGUAAAACAGCUUGGAAGCUGUUUUACAUUUAGAACUGGCGCUGGAUGCGCCGAAGUUAUGGAGAGGCCUACACCUCUUCAUUACUUUGGUCGGAUCCACCGCCAGCUAUGGCCCUUUAUUAAGACCGGUAUCUAAAUUGCCGGUCUUAAUAAAUGUGCCCCUUUGUGUUGUGUUUGAGGGUCUAUUUAUUAUUUGGUGUCAUCUAAAAUAUGUAUCUUCAAUAACAACAUUUGUCUAUUUUAUGCAGUUUAUAUUUUAUAGAUCUAACAUUGUAAUUGGAAUUGUGAAGUAUAAUUUAAAGGGGUUGACCACUUUCCAUUUACUGUUGAUCAAUGUGUUUCUAAGAUGACUAUAUGGCAGUUGCUAAUAUAGUUUUUGUUGAUAUUCUGCAUAUUUCAUAAGGUAUUCUCCCUUGUUUAGCAAGUCUUUGUGCUAUCCAAACAGAGGUCCUCUCCAUAAAAUGGCUGCUAAUGGAGGGUCAUGUGACCAGGUAAAUCACUCAGUCUCUUCAAUUCAAAUACACUACACCUGCACAGAACUCUCAACAUUGCAAGUCAGAUAGAAGAAGUGGUGUAUUUGAGUGAAGGUUGAGUAAUGUGUCUUCCAUCAGCAGCUAGCUUAUUAAUAGGUCUCCUGUGUCAACUGCACAGAAGAUUUGCCCAGCAAGGGACCAUGAUUUAUGAAAUAUAGCAAACAGUACAGGAAAUAAGUAAGUGUCAUGUAGUCAUCUUACAUGUACAUUGGUCAAAAGUAGCCAGAAAGUGGCCAACCAACCCCUUUAAUAAUGGAUUCUCAUAAUAAUGUUCCUAUUCUUCAUUUUAUUAAGAUAAUGCUAAGAUAUGCUUAAGAUAUUUUUUUAAAAUAUUUUCACCAGUAAGUACACAUCAGGAGAUAGGGAUAGGGAUCAUUUUAUAAUGUAACAGAUCUAAAUAGAUAUAAAGAUCAUUUUACAAGAACAAACAGGACUAUUAAAGGGGUUGUCCAGCUAAAACACAAUAUAUCUAAAUAUGCUUUAAAGAGGACCUUUCAUCUGGCAAAACAUUGUGAACUAAGUGUCAUGAUCUGUACAGGGGCGCCCAGGGAUCUCACUGCAC